ACAGCUGCAUCUGAGAAUGAAGUCACUGGGAUUAUAGGAGAGUCUGUUCUCCUGGCCUGCGACCUGAUUUCAUCCACGGCCAUCGACACAGCAAGACUCCGGUUCUAUUGGCAAGAUAAGUCCAAUAAAGUGUUGUACUCGUUCAACAAAGGAGAAGAGAACCAACAUCAGGACAUCCUUUACACAAACAGGAUUAAAGCCUUUGGGGCUGAGAUGAGUUCUGGGAAUAUCUCUAUCAAACUCAGCCAAGUAACACUUCAAGAUAACCAGAACACCUACUUGGCUUUCGCUACACUGUUCGACGAGAAUGGUAUCAGCGUGUUGGAAACAAGGUGCACCCCUACCCUACUUGUGGCAGGUAUGGUUGAGUUAAUAACACAGGAGGCUGAGAGGAGGAGGACUCAUAAUAAUGGCUGGAAUGGAACGGCAUCAACCACAUGGGAACCGUGUGUUUGGUGUGUUUGAUACCGUUCCACGGCUGCCUGUGUGAGUUAUUCACAGCACUAAUUCUGUCACUUUCUAAAAUCUUCUUCUCUUUGCUUUGUACACUUUCAGCACGGUUCCUGACACCCAGUGUGACUGUGAACGAAACAAAUAUGAAUGUCACGUGUUCAACCCAGGGGGGAUACCCAAAACCAACGGUCACAUGGACCAUCCAUGAUGUCCUGUGGGCUCAGAAGCGUACUCUGGACCCGCAUGAAGUACAGACCAACUUUACACUUGAUCCUGAAAGUGGACUGUACACCGUCUGGAGCCAAGUGAAUUCCACAGAAAAUCAGACGGUGACCUGCCAUAUCUUCAACCCCGUUCUGAAGGAGACUGUAAGCAACACAGCCGUCGUCGGUCUCAGUCAGAGCAUUCACACAGACCCUACAGGUACAUAUUACAGGACGUGACGCCACCUCUCACUGCCUAAUAUUCAUUAAACUGAAAACUGAAUCACUCAUCUUGUCUUUUCCCCAUAGGUGAUGUUCAGGAAGGCUUGUCUGCCGGCCUUAUUGGAGUCAUUAUUUCAAUAUUGAUUACGUUUAUCUUCGGGGUGAUUUAUUUUGUUUUCAAAUACUGUAAGUUGCAAUUUCAGAUGUUUUAUUUACUGUAAUGAAAUCAGAUUCAGUACUGUAUGAAGUUGUCUUAGUCUGUAAUUACUCUGUCAGUGCCAAAUCUAAGGAUUUGAUCUCCAUUUACAUUCAAAUACAAUAUUAUUUCAGAUUUGAGGAGUGUUAGUAUGUGAAAAUCAAUUGGCCCUGUGUACAUUUCGUUCAGUAGUUAGAUGGGCUGCAGUGUAUUGUUAGUUAUGACUAAAACACUGAUCCAUGUGGAUCUAGGUCAUGGAGCCAGAGGUGGUGCAACAGGAGCCAGCCGUGUUGCCACAGGAGCCAGCGGUGUUGCCACAGGAGCCAGCGGUGUUGCCACAGGAGCCAGCGGUGUUGCCACAGGAGACAGCCGUGUUGCCACAGGAGCCAGCCGUGUUGCCACAGGAGCCAGCCGUGUUGCCACAGGAGCCAGCCGUGUUGCCACAGGAGCCAGCCGUGUUGCCACAGGAGAUGAUGAGGAGCUGAGCAUUCUAAUGGGUUCCACAACAAGCCAGCCUCAGGACAACGGUAGUGUUGAUCAAGUUGAUGGAGCCACGGUUACCAACGCUAACGGUGCUGCAGCAAACAGAGCUGAAGGUGUAACAGAACCAGUGGAUGACACGGUAAACAUGCAACUGGACUAA